AUGAGUUUCUCUUUUAACUGGCCACGGUUCUCGGAGAAAUUCCAUGCCGACACCAAGCAGGUGUUGGAUGCAGCAUUGAACAAGGGGCCUAAGCCUCCCAUCAUUGAGGAUCGCAUUGAAGUAGUGGAGUUAGAGAUGGGGACGCAGCCACCUGAACUACAAAUACAUGGAAUAGGUGAUCUAGCCGUGGAUCAGUUUCGCGGCAUCUUCAAACUUAGCUACGCUGGUGACGCUUACAUUGUGCUGAGGACUAAAGUGCAGGCGAAUCCACUCCACCACAAGAAACCGGGCAUGGACCUUUUGGGCGGAUCUCGUGGUAUUCUGGCGGCGCAAAAAUCCCUUGUGGUUCCCAUGGAACUACGGCUGUCCAAUUUUCGACUCAACGCAUAUGUCGUCCUGGUCGUUUCUAAGCUGAAAGGGAUCACUCUAGUCUUUAAAACGGAUCCAUUGCAGAAUGUCGAUGUCAACAGCACCUUUGACCCCAUAGUAGUCAUUCAAAAGUAUAUUCAGAAGGAGAUCGAGGAUCAGCUACGGGAGAUGUUUCGUGAGGAUCUCCCGGGGAUAAUUCACAGAUUAAGUCAACGUUGGAUCCCUGGAAAUACCAAAUCCAACCAUACUCUUUCACCGUUUACCCGUUCUGUUGAACAUUUCACCGUGCGGAGCGUUCCCCAUCAUAGACAGCCCUUGGCAAAGUUAUCAAAAACCAAAGGGUCUAAUACACCUCCUGAGCGACAGCCUACAAAGGCGAAAAGAAAGCGGACAUUCCAUCUUGGGAGCUCGAGACUCAGUGUAGUCACUCCGUCAUCCCCCCGUUCCCCAUCACCUGUUUCCUUUUCCCCGAGUGCCCCUUCGGAGAUUUCCGAAGUCGACCAUUAUUUCUCGACUGCAAACUCCCCACAUCCUCGACUGCGCAGUUCAUUACGUUCAUGA